AUGGAGUCCAAAACAGGCGUCAUGGAGAUUGAAGAUGCCAAGCAUAGCGAAUUGAACCGCUUCGGCGACUUGGAUCGCCAACAGAAAUUGAAGCGACGUGUGCUUCUUAAGUUGGACCUUCGCAUACUGCCAAUUUUGGCCCUGCUCUUCCUGUGCUCGUUCCUCGAUCGAACAAACGUCGGAAAUGCCAAGAUUAUUGGUCUGGAGAAGAGCCUGGGGAUCAACGAUCAUCAAUUUGAUAUUGGCCUGACGGUCUUUUAUCUGACCUAUAUCUGCAGCGAGCUACCGAGUAAUCUGAUAUUGAAAAAGGCAUCGCCCAAGUUGUGGCUACCAUUCUUGACAGCAGUUUGGGGAAUCAUAACCAUGUGCUUGGGCUUUGUACAGAACUAUGGAGGAUUUGUCGCUGUGCGCGCACUACUGGGAGUUGCAGAGGGCGGCCUGCUUCCUGGAAUGGUGCUCUACUUGUCGAGCUUCUACCGACGAGAAGAUUUGGCUUUGCGAAUUGGUCUCUUCUACACCGCUGCGUCCUUGUCGGGCGCCUUUGGAGGUCUACUCGCGCGUGGACUCGCAGCAAUUGGCCCUCGUGGCGGACUUGAGGGCUGGAGGUGGAUCCUCAUUAUUGAGGGGCUUUUGACAUUUGCAUGUGGGAUUCUGAGUUUCUUGGCCUUGCCCAACUCUAUUGACUCUGCAAGCUUCCUGACUGCGGAGGAGAAAGACUUCGGCCGCGAAAGGCUAAUAAUGGACAAUCCUGUGCAACAAAUGGGAACAAUUGCUGCCGAGGUAGACGCAUUCAAAUGGUCCGAAGUACGUCGUGGUAUCUUGGAUCUACAAGUGUGGUUCUCUGCGUCUGCGUACUUCGCAAUUCUUUCUGGACUUUAUUCAUUCGGUCUAUUUCUUCCCACCAUCAUUCAAAACCUCCAGUUCGCCAAGGACGCCAACGAGGUGCAGCUGUGGACUGUCAUUCCCUAUGCAGUGGCGGCUCUCAUCACAGUGGCGGUCGCAAUUGUCUCUGAUCGUCUCCGUCUCCGUGGCGUGGUAAUGCUCUUCACCCUCCCAAUCGCAAUUGUCGGCUAUGCUGUCAUCGCCAACGUCAAAAAUCCCCAUAUCCAAUAUGGAAUGACUUUCCUCAUGGCCACGGGCCAGUUCGCCAGUGUCCCGUGUAUUCUGGUUUGGCUCUCUAACAACUCUGCUGGUCAUUAUAAGCGGGCGACUACAUCCGCACUUCAGCUGGCUAUUGCGAACUGCGGAGGAUUUGUUGCAACGUUCAAUUACCCUAAGAGUGAUGGACCCAUGUUCCACCGGGGACAUACCAUCAUUCUGGGCCUCUUGGUGUUUGCGUGGUUCAUGAUACUGUGCAAUGUGUUAUACUGCGCCAAGAUCAACAAAGACAAGAGAAACGGAAAGUAUGAUCGAUAUGUUGACUGCAAUGAUGAUCGGAAUCCCGCUUUUAUGAUGGUUCUCUGA